GGAGUCGGAGGCCUGCACGUGCCCUCAGCAGCUGGAAAGGUAGAGGCAGACGGACCUGAUUCAGAGGCUGCCCUCUCCCCCAAGCACCAGAACCCCCAGAGCUUCUGAAUGAAACAUGCUGGGCUUGCAGAGCUCGUUCUCCACGCCGGCUGCCCCAGUUCUGUCCUGGAGAGCGUGCCCGCCAGCCACCACCAGCCAUGGCAGGGCCCUGGGACCACCACCUGCUCUGCCUCCUGGCCCUCUGCCUGGCAGGCUCCAGCUUCAUCGGGGGGCAGAAGGUACAGUCCAGACGCUGCGACAUGAAGACCAAGUUUGUCACUCACAUACCCUGCACCCCGUGCCCUGCCAUCAAGAAGCGGGUGUGUCCUUCGGGCUGGCUUCGGGAGUUCCCGGAGAAGAUCUCACAGGACUGCCGAUACGAGGUCCAGCUGGGGGACUCUUUGUUGUCUAUGAGCGGCUGCAGCCUGGAGUGCUCGAAGGACGUGGUGCAGAAGGCCUGCUGCCCUGGCUACUGGGGGUCCCAGUGCUAUGAGUGCCCUGGGGGUGCCGAGACCCCAUGCAACAGCCACGGAACCUGCCUGGAUGGCAUAGACAGGAACGGGACCUGUGUGUGCCAGGAAAACUUCAGCGGCUCAGCCUGCCAGGAGUGUAGAGACCCCAACCGGUUCGGUCCUGCCUGCCAGUCAGUCUGCAGCUGUGUGCAUGGCGUGUGCCGCCAUGGGCCACUCGGGGAUGGAAGCUGCCUGUGCUUUGCUGGAUUCACUGGACCCCACUGUGACCAAGAGCUCCCCGUCUGCCAGGCCCUGAACUGUCCUCAGAACUCCCAGUGCUCUGCAGAGGCCCCUACCUGCAGCUGCCUGCCUGGCCACACCCAGCAGGGCGGCGAAUGCCUAGCCCCUGACCCCUGCCAGCCGUCGCCCUGCUCCCCAGUUGCCCAGUGCUCCGUGAGCCCCAGGGGGCAGGCACAGUGUCGCUGCCCUGAGAACUACCAUGGGGACGGAACAGUGUGUCUGCCCCAGGACCCAUGCACCACCAACAACGGCGGCUGCCCCAGCAACUCCACCUUAUGUCUGUACAAGAGGCCAGGCCAGGCCACCUGCUCAUGUAAGCCAGGCCUGGUCAGCACCAACCACAAUGCCUCCGCGGGCUGCUUCGCCUACUGCUUCCCCUACUCCUGUGACCGGUCAGCCACCUGCCAGGUGACCCCUGAUGGAAAGACCAGCUGUGUGUGCAAGGAGGGCGAGGUGGGAGAUGGGCGUGCCUGCUACGGCCACCUGCUCCACGAGGUGCAGAAGGCCAGCCAGACGAGCAUGACGUUACUGCGGCUGAGAGUCGCCUUUGCCAUGCUGGACCAGGGCUGCCGGGAGAUCCUCAGCACGUCGGGCCCAUUCACCGUGCUGGCACCGUCCAUAUCCUCCAGGACCAUGAACGCAUCCCUUGCCCAGCAGCUCUGCAGACAGCACAUCAUCGCAGGGCAGCACAUGCUGGAGGAGUCAGGGACCCAGCCUACACGCAGGUGGUGGACGCUAGCUGGACAGGAGAUCACCGUCACUUUCAGCCGCUUCAGGCAGAAAUACACCUACAAGUACAAAGACCAGCCCCAACAGACAUUCACCAUCCACAAGGCCAACUACCCAGCAGCCAAUGGCAUCUUCCACGUGGUCACUGCCCUGCGAUGGCAGCCCCCACCAGAGCUCCCUGAGGACCCCAAGAGGACCAUCGGCCAGAUCCUUGCCUCCACUGAGGCCUUCACCCGGUUUGAAACCAUCCUGGAGAACUGUGGGCUGCCCUCCUUCCUGGAUGGCCCUGGGCCCUUCACAGUCUUUGCCCCCAGCAAUGAGGCAGUGGAUGGCUUGCGGGAUGGCCGCCUGGUCUACCUCUUCACAGCGGGUCUCUCCAAACUGCAGGAGCUGGUGAGGUACCAUGUCUAUAGCCACGGCCAGCUGACUGUUGAGAAGCUCAUCUCCAAGGGCCGGGUCCUCACCAUGGCAAACCAGGUCCUGGCUGUGAAUAUCUCAGAGGAGGGGCGCAUCCUGCUGGGACCUGAGGGGGUCCCCCUACGGAGGGUGGGCGUGCUGGCUGCCAACGGCGUCAUCCACAUGCUGGAGGGCAUCCUGCUGCCCCCGACCAUCCUGCCCAUCCUGCCCAAGCUCUGCAACGAAGAGCAGCACAAGGUCGUGGCGGGCUCCUGUGUGGACUGCCAAGCCCUGAACACCAGCAUGUGCCCCCCCAACAGCGUGAAGCUGGACAUCUCCCCUGAGGAGUGUGUCUACAUCCAUGACCCUACUGGGCUGAACGUCCUGAAGAAGGGCUGCGCCCACUACUGCAACCAGACCAUCCUGAAACCUGGCUGCUGCAAAGGGUUUUUUGGGCCUGACUGUGUGCAGUGUCCUGGGGGCUUCUCCAACCCCUGCUAUGGCAAAGGCAACUGCAGUGAUGGGGUCCAGGGCAGCGGGGCCUGCCUCUGCUUCCCAGACUACAAGGGCAUCGCCUGCCACAUCUGCUCCAACCCAAACAAGCAUGGAGACCAGUGCCGGGAAGACUGCGGCUGUGUCCACGGUCUAUGUGACAACCGUCCAGGCAGUGGGGGGGUGUGCCAGCGUGGCACAUGUGCCCCAGGCUUCAGUGGCCGCUUCUGCAACGAGUCCACAGGGAACUGUGGGCCCACAGAACAGGCCCAGCAGUGCCACCUGCAUGCCCGCUGCGUUAACCAGGGGGAUGUUGCCAGGUGUCUCUGUCUCGAUGGCUUUGAGGGUGACGGCUUCUCCUGCACACCCAGCAACCCCUGCUCUCGCCCAGACCGUGGCGGAUGCUCGGAGAAUGCUGAGUGUGUCCCUGGGGCCCCAGGCACCCACCACUGCACAUGCCACAAGGGCUGGAGUGGGGACGGUCGUGUCUGCGUGGCCAUCGACGAGUGUGAGCUGGAUGUGCGAGGCGGCUGCCACGCUGACGCCCUCUGCAGCUAUGUGGGACCCGGGCAGAGCCAGUGCACCUGCAAGCUGGGAUUCGCGGGGGACGGCUACGUGUGCAGUCCCAUUGACCCCUGCCGGGCAGGCAACGGUGGCUGCCAUGAUCUGGCCACCUGCCGGGCAGUGGGAGGAGGUCAGCGGGUCUGCACAUGCCCCCCUGGCUAUGGGGGUGAUGGCUUCAGCUGCUACGGAGACAUCUUCCAAGAGCUGGAGGCAAAUGCCCACUUCUCCAUCUUCUACCAGUGGAUCAAGGGGGCCGGCAUCACUCUUCCUGCUGACAGCCGAGUCACAGCCCUGGUGCCCUCGGAGUCUGCCAUCCGUAGGCUGAGCCCUGAGGACCAGGCCUUCUGGCUGCAGCCGAGGAUGCUACCGCAAGUGGUCAGGGCCCAUUUUCUCCAGGGCGCCCUGUCUGAGGAGGAGCUGGCCCGGCUGGAUGGGCAGAGUGUAGCCACCCUGAGCCCCACCGCACGCUGGGAGAUUCACAACAUCAGUGGGAGGGUCUGGGUGCAGAAUGCCAGCGUGGACGUGGCUGACCUCCUUGCCACCAAUGGUGUCCUACAUGUCCUCAGUCAGGUCUUACUGCCUCCGAGAGGGGAUGUGCUGGGGGGGCAGGGAUUGCUGCAGCAGCUGGACUCAGUGCCUGCCUUCCGCCUCUUCCGGGAGCUGCUGCAGCGCCACAGGCUGGUACCCCAGAUUGAGGCUGCCACCGCCUACACCAUCUUCGUGCCAACCAACCACUCUCUGGAGGCCCAGGCCAACAGCAGCGGCCUGGACUUGGACGUAGUGCGACACCAUGUGAUCCUGGGGGAGGCGCUUUCCACAGAGGCCCUGCGCAGGGGGGGACACCGCAACUCCCUCCUGGGCCCUGUGCACUGGCUUGUCUUCUACAACCAUAGUGGCCAGCCUGAGGUGAACCACGUGCCGCUGGAAGGCCCUGUGCUGGAGGCCCCUGGCCGCUCACUGUUUGGCCUGUCCGGGGUCCUGACAGUGGGCUCAAGCCGCUGCCUGCACAGCCACGCAGAGGCCCUGCGGGAGAAAUGUGUAAAUUGCACCCGGAAAUUCCGCUGCACUCAAGGCUACCAGCUGGAGGACACCCCCAAGAAGAGUUGUGUCUACCGGUCUGGCUACUCCUUCUCCCGGGGCUGUUCUUACACGUGUGCCAAGAAGAUCCAGGUGCCUGACUGCUGCCCUGGCUUCUUCGGCACACUGUGUGAGCCGUGCCCGGGGGGUCUGGGUGGUGUGUGCUCGGGCCACGGGCAGUGUCAGGACAGGCUCCUGGGCAGUGGGGAGUGCCGCUGCCACGAGGGCUUCCACGGAACGGCCUGUGAGAUGUGUGAGCUGGGCCGCUACGGGCCCAACUGCACUGGAGUGUGUGACUGUGCCCACGGGCUGUGCCAGGAGGGGCUCCGAGGGGACGGAAGCUGUGUCUGUAACGUGGGUUGGCAGGGCCUCCGCUGUGACCAGAAAAUCACUGGCCCUCAAUGCCCGCAGAAGUGUGACCCCAAUGCCAACUGCGUCCAGGACUCGGCUGCAGCCCCUGCCUGCGUCUGUGCCGCGGGGUACUCGGGCGACGGCAUCUACUGUGCAGUGGUGGACCCUUGUGCCCAUGACCACGGGGGCUGCUCCCCCCACGCCAACUGCACCAAUGUGGCACCUGGUCAGCGGACAUGCACCUGCCUGGAUGGCUACACGGGUGAUGGGGAGCUGUGCCAGGAAGUUAACAGCUGUCUCAUCCACCACGGGGGCUGCCACAUGCACGCCGAAUGUAUCCCCACAGGCCCCCAGCAGGUCUCCUGCAGCUGCCGCGAGGGUUACAGUGGGGACGGCAUCCGGACUUGUGUGCUCCUGGACCCCUGCUCCCAGAACAAUGGAGGCUGCAGCCCCUAUGCUGUGUGCAAAAGCACAGGGGAUGGCCAGAGGAUGUGUACCUGCGAUGCAGUCCACACUGUGGGUGAUGGCUUCACCUGCCGUGCCCGAGUCGGCCUGGAGCUCCUUCGGGACAAGCAUGCCUCAUUCUUCAGCCUCCAUCUCCUGGAAUACAAGGAGCUCAAGGGGAAUGGGCCUUUCACAAUCUUUGUGCCGCAUGCAGAUCUAAUGACCAACCUGUCGCAGGAUGAGCUGGCCCGGAUUCGUGCCAAUCGCCAGCUUGUGUUCCGCUAUCACGUGGCUGGUUGCCGGCAGCUGCGAAGCCAGGAGCUGCUAGAGGAGGGCUAUGCCACCACACUCUCCGGGCACCCGCUGCGCUUCAGUGAGAGGGAGGGCAGCAUAUACAUCAAUGACUUCGCACGCAUGGUGAGCAGCGACCAUGUGGCUGUGAACGGUGUCUUGCAUUUCAUCGACCGUGUCCUGCUGCCACCUGAAGCGCUGCACUGGGAGCCUGACGCUGCCCCGAUUCCGCGGAGAAACUUCACCGCCGCUGCGGAGAGCUUCGGUUACAAGAUCUUCAGUGGCCUUGUGACGAUGGCUGGCCUGCUGCCCCUGCUUCGAGAUUCAUUCCAUAGGCCCUUCACAAUGCUGUGGCCCACAGACUCCGCCCUGCAAGCUUUGCCUCCCGAUCGCCAGGUCUGGCUAUACCAUAAAGACCACCGUGACAAGCUGGCAGCCAUUCUGCGGGGCCACGUGAUCCGCAAUGUCGAGGCCUUGGCAUCUGACCUGCCCAACCUGGGCCCACUGCGCACCAUGCAUGGGACCCUCAUCUCCUUCUCCUGCAGCCGUGCCCGGCCGGGUGAGCUCACGGUGGGAGAGGAGGACGCCCGGAUUGUGCAGCGACACCUGCCCUUUGAGGGGGGCCUGGCCUACGGCAUUGACCAGCUGCUGGAGCCACCUGGCCUUGGUGCCCGGUGUGACCGCUUUGAGACUCGGCCUCUGUGGCUGAAGGUUUGCAGCAUUUGUGGGCUGGAACCACCCUGUCCUGAGGGCUCACAGGAGCAGGGCAGCCCUGAAGCCUGCUGGCGCUACUUCUCAAAGUUCUGGACGUCUCCUCCGCUGCACUCCUUGGCACUGCGCAGUGUUUGGGCCCGGCCCAGCCACUGGGGUCAGCCCCAAGGCCUGGGCAGGGGCUGCUACCGCAACUGUGUCACCACCACCUGGAAGCCCAGCUGCUGCCCUGGUCACUAUGGCAGUGAGUGCCGAGCUUGCCCUGGGGGUGCCAGCAGCCCCUGUAAUGGCCAUGGCACGUGCAUGGACGGCAUGAGCGGCAGCGGGUACUGUAGGUGCCGUUCGAGGUUUGCCGGGAUGGCAUGUGAACUCUGUGCCCCGGGUGCCUUUGGGCCCCUUUGCCAAGCCUGCAACUGUACCUCCCAUGGCCACUGCGAUGAGGGCUUGGGGGGCUCCGGCUCCUGCUUCUGUGAUGAGGGCUGGACUGGGCCACACUGUGAGGUGCAGCUGGGUGAGUGGGCCCUGUGCUUGUGCCCGCCCUGCACACUUGUAUACACUUGCACACACCAGUGCAUGCCCCAACUGCACACUGAGGUGGAAGGGGGUCUAGGAGGGCAGCCACUAACCUGGAUGUGUGGGGUGGGCCCCGGGGGACAGAGCUGCAGCCUGUGUGUGCUCCACCCUGCGCAUCCCAGGCCGUGUGCCGCGCUGGCCACAGCUGUGAGUGCAGCCUGGGCUACGAAGGGGAUGGCCGCACGUGCACAGGUGAGCGGGAAUGUGAGGUGGGAGGCCCCACUCCCCUCCCCUCCUCUCCUGUCGCCUGGUCCAACCACCCUCUCGCUGCCUCCAGUGGUAGACCUGUGCCAGGAUGGGCGUGGCGGCUGCAGCGAGCAUGCCAACUGCAGCCAGGUAGGCACAGUGGUCACCUGCACCUGCCUGCCCGACUAUGAGGGUGACGGCUGGAGCUGCCGGGCCCGCAACCCCUGUGAGGAUGGCCACCGCGGGGGCUGCAGCGAGCACGCCGACUGCCUGAGCACUGGACCGAACACACGGCGCUGUGCGUGCCACGCUGGCUACGUGGGCGAUGGACUGCAGUGUCUGGAGGAGCCUGAGCCGCCUGUGGACCGCUGCCUGGACCAGCCACCACCCUGUCACGUGGAUGCUGUGUGCACUGACCUGCACUUCCAGGAAAAACGAGCCGGUGUCUUCCACCUCCAGGCCCCCAGUGGCCCCUACAGCCUGAAUUUCUCACAGGCCGAGGCAGCCUGUGGGGCCCAAGGAGCUGUCCUUGCUUCUCUCCCUCAGCUCUCUGCUGCCCAGCAGCUGGGCCUUCACCUCUGCCUUGUGGGCUGGCUGGCCAACGGCUCGGCUGCCCAUCCCGUCGUUUUCCCGGCAGCAGACUGUGGCGAUGGUCAGGUGGGCGUGGUCAGUCUGGGUGCCCGGGAGAACCUGUCGGAGCGCUGGGACGCCUACUGCUACCGCAUGCAAGACGUGGCCUGCCAAUGCCGCGAUGGCUUCGUGGGCGAUGGGGCCAGCGUGUGCAAUGGGAAGCUGCUUGAUGUGCUGGCCACCACUGCCAACUUCUCCACCUUCUAUGGGGUGUGCAGGGGCCCAGGCUCAGGACCAGGGGGGUGGUACAGCCGGGAUCCCUGUGGAGAGAGCCUACCCACUACCCUGUCCCCACCAUCCCAGAUGCUACUGGGCUACGCCAAUGCCACCCCGAGGGGUCUCGACUUCCUGGACUUCCUGGACGACGAGCUCACCUACAAGACACUCUUCGUCCCUGUCAACGAAGGCUUUAUGGACAACCUCACACUGAGCGGCCCAGACCUGGAGCUACACGCCUCCAAUACCACCUUCCUGAGCACCAACGCCAGCCAGGGUACCUUGCUUCCCGCCCACUCGGGCCUCAGCCUCAUCAUCAGUGACACGGGCCCUGACAACAGUUCUCAGGCCCCUGUGGUCCCAGGAGCAGUUGUGGUUAGCCACGUCAUCGUGUGGGACAUCGUGGCCUUCAACGGCAUCAUCCACACUCUGGCCAGCCCCCUCUUGGCACCCCCGCAGCCUCGGGCAGUGGUGGCCCCGGAGGCCCGACCUGUGGCAGCAGGCGCGGGGGCUGUGGUAGCUGCUGGAGUGCUCCUUGGCCUCGCGGCCGGAGCCCUCUACCUUCGUGCCCGAAGCAGGUCCGCAGGCUUUGGCUUCUCUGCCUUCCAGGCGGAAGAUGAUGCUGCUGAUGACUUCUCCCCAUGGCAGGAAGGGACGAGCCCAACCCUGGUCUCUGUCCCCAACCCGGUCUUUGGUAGCCAUGAUGCCUUUUGUGAGCCCUUUGACUCCUCCCCUCAGGACUCGCUCCUGGAGGACGACUUCCCUGACACCCAGAGGAUCCUCGAGGUCAAGUGACGCAGACGCAGACGCAGCCGGUGCUGAAGCAGAGGCAUGAGCAGGAGGGAGGCGGCUUUUAUUGCCCAGAGUGGGUGGGACAGCAGGGGCUGGGCCUGGUCCAGACAAUAAAGGUACCCUCAGCGGA